CUGCAGCACAAGACCCAGGUCUUCGUCUAUCACGAGGGGGAUCACUACCGCACCCGGCUGACCCACAGCCUGGAGGUGGCGCAGAUCGCGCGCUCCAUCAGCCGCGUCCUCGGUGUGGACGAAGACCUCGCCGAGGCGCUUGCGUUGGCCCACGAUCUCGGGCAUCCGCCCUUCGGCCACGCCGGGGAGGCGGCGCUCGAUCAAGCGAUGGCGCCAUACGGCGGCUUCGACCAUAACGCCCAGACCGUACGCAUCCUGACGUCCCUGGAGCACCGCUAUAACGGCUUCGACGGCCUGAACCUGACCUGGGAGACCCUGGAAGGGGUGGCGAAGCACAAUGGGCCCCGUCCAACGGAUGCCGUGCCGGGCGACAUCGAGGCAUACUCGGCCCGGCACGACCUGGAACUCCACACCCAUGCCGGCCCCGAGGCCCAGAUCGCGGCGCUGGCAGACGAUAUCGCCUAUAACAACCACGACGUGGAUGACGGGCUGCGCGCCGGCCUCUUCACCGUCGACGACGUGCGGGACGUCCCUCUCGUGGGCGCGAUUCUCGAUGACGCGACCGCUGACCAUCCGGGUGGCGACGAGGGCCGCCUCAUUCACGAGACCGUCCGCCGCAUGAUCGGGGCCAUGGUCGAGGACGUGAUCGAUACAAGCCGGCAGCGCCUGGAGGAGGCCAAGCCAAGGGACGCGGAGGCCGUGCGCGCGCAUGGUGCGCCGCUGAUCGCUUUCUCGGCGACCAUGCAGGCCCAGGGAGAGGCCUUGAAGGCAUUCCUGCACGAGCGCAUGUAUCGUCAUCACAAGGUCAAUCGGAUGGCCAGCAAGGCACGCCGGACCGUGCGCGAGCUCUUCGAGCUUUUCAUCGACGAGCCCCAAUGCCUGCCCGAGGAGUGGUGGGGCCGGUGCGACGGCGUGCGGACAGUGACGACGGCGCGCGUCGUCGCCGAUUACGUUGCCGGAAUGACGGAUCGCUUCGCCAUCCAGGAACAUCGCAAUCUUUUCGAUACGGUGCUGUGGAGAUGA